AACGAAGACAAAUAAAGAAAAAUCGCUGAAGUAGAUAUGUCACAAAAGCAACUUUUAUUCUUGGUAUUCCUGUACUCUUUGCAUUGCACGUCUUGCAAUAAACUUGAAAUAAAUCUAAGCGUUUUCCUGGCGAAUGGAUCAACAGCCCCAUGGAGUAUAGCAAGAACCGAGAAGGCGUUAGAAUUAGGACAAAGUAAAUUAACAGAAAUGCUGGAUGGGAUGGCAACUGUUCGCUUCUUCCAAAGCAUGCCCAAACUCAUUGGAUGUACAAAGUACGACUACGGAGCACUUGGAGCAGAGCAUCGUUAUAUAAGAAACACAACGGCUUUUAUUGGACCUGGUUGCAGCACUGGCGUUGAAUUGAUCGGAAGAAUGGCAGCCGACUGGAAUAUUCCUCUCAUCACCCCUGUGGGAAUCAACUCUUUGUUUGACAAUAAGACAUUCUUUCCUACAUUAACAAGAAUUUCCUAUUCAUUUGAUAUGGUAGGACAAUUUUACCUGAAACUAUUUCAGAUGUACAAAUGGGAGGAUAUUGCCAUUGUACAAGAUACUUACGUUCCGUUAUCAAGGCUGACAAACACUUUCCAAAGUGAGAAUCUUUUAGAACACUUUACUGAAAAUGGACUUCGAGCGACUUUAUGUGAUGUUCCAAGUAUAAAAUUCAACCAAGCCCUGAAAGCUGCAGCUAAAGUAUCAAGAGUGAUUGUAUUAGCGGUCGCCUUUUUUCGCAUAAGAGACUUAUUGUUGGAUGCUCAUGAUUUGGGAAUGACGAAUGGUGAAUUUGUUUUCUUAUUCUUUAAAACAUUUUCACCUUUCAUGGCUGACCAGUGGUAUGUAGAAGGAGAUGAAAGGAGAAACGAGAUUGCGAAGAAAGCAUUUAAUUCACUACUGGUGGCUCUUCCAAAUAACCCAGAAAGUCCGGAGUUUAAAGUCUUUGAGGCCGCCGUGAAGAACCAUUCUCUUACUAAACACAACUACGAUUUUGACGCCGAGAAAACAGAUGUGCAGCACUAUAUAACCGGAUACCAUGAUGUUUUCCUAAUCUAUGGCACAACAAUAAAGGAAAUGAUUCAAAAUGGCGAGGAUGUUUAUGACGGGCGACUAGUGACGAAAAGAUUGAGAAAUAAAACAUAUAGUGGACUUAUGGCUGGAAGGUUCAGGAUCAACGAAAACGGCGAUGGAGAGCGAGAUGUGUCAGUUCUUGAUUUCGAUGCUGAGGGAAGACUUUGGAAAGUGGGGGACUAUUUAGGAGAUUUGCGGAUGGAGACAGAAAGAAGUAUAAAAUGGCCGAUGGACAAAGGACCUCCCGUGAAUCGACCGAGGUGUGGAUUCACUGGUGACGACCCAAUUUGUUUUCCAAAAGAUGAAUCUAAUCUAUUGAUUGUUCUCCCCAUCGUCUUUGGUGCCAUUAUCAUUAUAUUCUUGGCGGCAGGAAGACCGAUUUACAAGCAGCUAAAACUACGCGCGGAUUUACAAAGCAACUGGUGGAGAAUAGAAUGGGAAGCAUUAGAAAAGAACCCUGAAAGAAACAAAUCUGUAUUUGGGAGUUCAAAGCUUCUUAAUCCUUCUGAAGAUGAUGAUAUCAAAGAGAACAAAAAUUUGUUCAGAAUGUAUAAGGGGUCUGCAGUUGCUCUAACACCAACGAUGAUCAGAAAUUUUCAACCUACUUUGGAAACACAGAUGGAAUUGAUCCAUCUCAGAAAUGUAAACUGUGUUUAUCUGACAAAAUUCUACGGAUUGAGUCAGAAAGACACAGAUUUAUAUAUUAUAACGGAGGCUUGCAGUAGAGGAACCUUAAAGAACAUUCUCCAAGAUGACGGUUUCAAAAUCAAUAAAGAUUUGCAAGCGUCGUUGAUUUGUGAUAUAAUAAAGGGAUGCUCCUACCUCCAUAACUGUCCUAUAGGCGUCCACGGGAAUUUAAACAGUCGGCACUGUUUGAUUGAUAGCCGAUUUGUUCUUAAAUUGGAUUGUUUUGGACUUCCAUCGAUUAGAAGUAAAAUUCAGCAAACCGACAAACAAGACCUUCUUUACUUUGCACCAGAACUAUUGCGAAAUAUGCUUAUCCCAGUUCAACAAUCGGCGGACGUAUACAGUUUUGGAAUCAUAAUGUUAGAAAUAAUGACUAGAAGAGAACCUUUUGAAGAUGAGAUGAGAUUUUUCUCCAUCGAAGAUAUCAUCAACAAGAUCAAGUUUCCAACUAGAACACCAUUCAGACCAGAGGUCCAAGAUGUACCAGAGGGAGAGAAUUCUCUCCUGAACAUUAUGUACUCGUGUUUGGAGGAAAAUGUAGAAGAUAGACCAACAUUUUCAAGUAUAGCAAAGGAGUCCAAAGAGAUGAAAUGGGGUACGUUAGGGGAAAAUUUUCUCGACAACUUACUUUCCCGUAUGGAUGAAUAUGCUAACAAUCUAGAAAAUGCUGCCGAGGAAAAAAUGCAUGCAUUUUUGGACGAAAAAAGACGUUCAGAGGAGCUUCUCUACCAGGUGUUACCCAGGAGCAUCGCGCGUGACUUAAUACGUGGACACAAAGUAGAAGCUGAAGCAUACCAAUGUGUCACGAUUUACUUUAGUGAUAUUGUGGGAUUCACAUCAAUUUCUGCAGCAAGCACGCCCAUGCAGGUGGUAGAUUUGCUGAACGAUUUGUAUACGUGCUUUGACACAGUCAUAGAGAACUUUGAUGUUUACAAGGUGGAAACCAUUGGAGAUGCUUACAUGGUUGUGUCCGGAUUACCUUUGCGCAAUGGGAAUGAGCACGUGACUGAAAUUGCUAAAAUGUCGGUGGCUAUCUUGGACAAUGUGAAAGACUUCCGAAUAAGGCAUUUACCUGACAUGAGUCUUCAGGCACGCAUUGGCAUUCAUUCAGGUCCUGUAUGUGCUGGAGUAGUAGGGAAACAGAUGCCCCGUUACUGUUUGUUUGGAGAUACUGUUAACACAGCCUCAAGAAUGGAAUCCAACGGGGAAGCCAUGAAAAUCCACAUUAGCUCGGCAACACAAAAUCUUUUGGUAUCCAAUGAUUCGUUUUUGUUAGUUGAACGAGGACCAAUUGCAAUAAAGGGAAAAGGGAAUAUGACAACAUAUUGGCUGAUGGCAAGGGAAAAGGCAAUAUGAGAAAAUAUUGGCUGAUGACAAGGGAAAGGCAAUAUGACGACAUAUUGGCGGAUGG